GGGAAAUACCGAGCCCCAGGUGAAUAUUGGGCCCCAGCCGGGCCGGAGAAAGCUUCCCUAGCGGUUUCGGGUCGAUACCGAGACCCAGAGAUGUCCUCGCGGGGCCGCAGGGGCCGCGGUAGACCGCCCAAGUCGGCGGUACUGUCGCAUAGGCCUAGCCUGCUGAAAAAGCCUCGCUACCUCUACGCUGGCUCAAGCAGCCAGAGCUCGCGGCUCGGACUUCCCUUGCGCCCGUACGAGAACAGCACGCCGCAGCUCAAACAGAGGCUCCGCGAGAAGUCGCAGAAGGUGCGUUCCUUCAUUCAGAGCGUGCUCGGAGGAGGGGACGACGAGGACAAUGACUUCGAGCCGCCUCCGUCCAGCGGGGACGAGAGCGACUACCAGCGCGCCGAGGACGAAGAAGACGACGACGACGGCUCGGUGGCGAGCUACGAGUCGGACGACGUGAGCGUGUACUCGCAGAGCAGUUACAGCACCAUCUCCAGCUCGACGCCCGCCAAGCGCAAAUGGACGCGACGGGCGCACAGCCCGGUGUUUCUGCAGGAGCGCGAGCUGCCCGCGCUGGCGCUUCCCAAGAGCUCGGAGGAUCUGAUCCUGCCCACGUGCCACACCAUGCGCGCCCUGAGCAUCUACGAGACGCUGCGCCACUUCAGGAACAUCCUGAGGCUGACGCCGUUUCGCUUCGAGGACUUCUGCGUCGCCCUGAUGUCGGACGAACAGUCUGCGCUGCUCUCGGAGGCGCACAUCGCCCUGCUGCGCGCCAUUCUGCGCGAAGAGGAGGCCGCCGGCACGCAGUUCGGUCCGCAGGACCUCAAGGACAGCAUCAACGUGCACCUGUACAUGGUGGACGCCGUGACGUGGCCCGCGGUGUUGCGCAUGUACCUGACGAGCGACCCGGAGUACCGACCCAUGCUCGCCGCGCUGGAACGGUGCGAGUAUCCGUUCACCGCCGUGGCCAGCAAGCUGAACGUGCUGGAGUUUCUGUGCGACCAGUUCCUGACCACGGCGCAGGCCCGCGAGGACAUCACCAGCGAAGGCGUGGCCAAGCACGACGACCACUGCCGAGUUUGUCACAAGCUGGGCGACCUGCUGUGCUGCGAGACGUGCCCUGCCGUCUACCACUUGGCGUGCCUCGACCCGCCCCUGGAAGAUGUGCCCACCGAGGACUGGAUCUGCACGGUCUGUCAGGCCAACCAGGUGUCCGGCGUCACAGACUGCAUAUCGGACAUCGAGAAAGGGGGCCUUCUCAGCCGACAAGAAUGUUUGGGCCUCGAUCGGCACGGCAGGAAGUACUGGUUCCUCUGCCGAAGGAUCUUCGUCGAAGGGGAGAACAACGAGGCGUUCUACUACUCAACGCCAGCCCAGCUCGAGGAGCUGCUCGACGUGCUCGACGCGGAAGACUUGGAGCUGGACCUGUGCCGGACCAUCGCCGAGUUCCGCGAAGAGAUUGUCCGCCACAUGGAGCUCACCGAGAAGCUCACAAACUCGUCCAAAGGAAACCGGAAGACGUACCUGGACUCCGAAAACGCUGCCCUGGCCAAGGUACAGGCUGAGCGGGCGGCGAGGAGAGCCAAGGAGGAAGAAGAGCGGAAGCUGCGAGAGGCCCAGGAGGCGGAGGAGCGGCGGAGGAUAGAAGAAGAGAACGCGGCACUCGCGGCAGCCAGCCUCGAAAGCGCGGCGCACCGCUUCCUCAACGCGGAGGAUGACGGCCUACUCAUGCCGUGCCCCACCAAACCCGAGGACGGCUUCUCGCACUUGGCGGAGGUGCCGCAGAUGGUCGAAGAGGAGAUGAACGUCGCGUCGCACGCCAACAUCCUCGACAUGGGCAUCGACGAGCCCAAAGUGGAGUGCGGUGGCGGAGUGGAAGUGGCGACGUCUGAAAUGCUGGCGCCCGCAGAAGAACAGAUGGAGGUGGAGACGAAGCCCGUUGUCACGGAGACGGAAGAGGAGGUGACAACCACCACUAUGGUGACUACGGUGGUGACUACGACGACAAGCACCAAAACCGUCACUGUGGUGAAAGUCAAGGAAGAAGAUCCGGAUGAUGCAGCCAAAGUCGAAUCCAAAGCAGUGCCUGAAACCAAAGAGGGCGAGGAAAAAGAGAUGGAAACGGAGCAGUCUGAUGCGAAAGCCGACGACAGUUCUGCGUCAGCGGACGGCAAGAAACCCUCGGAGGAGGACAGCGCAAAAAAGGCGGCCGGCAAAGGGACUGGGAAAGAGGAACCAGACAGCGGUUCUCGCUCCUCCAUUGUGACUCGAUCCAAGACCGGUUCGCUGGUUCCCCGGAGCUUUGCCUUUGACACCACGAGCCGGUCCACGGGCACCGCCAAGAAGUCUGGUGGAGGGACAGGGGGCGGCGGUUCGCCAGACGGUGACAGCGAGUCUGUGCUGGUGCUCACCAAGGAUGGGGAGAUCUCUCGGGUGACACGGAGCAAGGCAACCGGUGCGGUGGCCCUCAAUUCAGGCUCGCUGCUCUUCAAGCUGGGCAUGGAGGGCAGCUACCGCAGCUUCACAAACCAGUACAACAGCAACACGCUGGCCCUGAACAAACACCAGCACGCCGAGGACAGGGACAAGCGGCGGCAUCUGUCGCACAAGUUCUCGCUCACUGCGGCCUCCGAGUUCAAGUGGGGCGGUGCCGUGCACGGCAGCCGCGCAACGCUUGUAGGCACCCUGCGGCAGACCCUGCUCCAGCUGGAGAGCAACAUCCCGGCUGCGCUACUGCACCCCAACUGGGCCAUCCACCGGGGAAACUGGCUGCGCGCGGUCAACAUGUGCACCUCGCCCCGCGACUUCUCCCUUGCCCUGGCCAUCCUGGAGGCCUCUGUCAAGCCAGUGCUCUUCAACGCCGCCUGGAGCGACUCACUCGGUCACACGCACCUGCGGCGGACCACGGUGGCCGAGCGGGAGGAGAAGAAGAAGCUGGAGAAGCGGGAACGGCGAGAGCUGAUGGAGGAGGAAGUGGACCGCAGCGUGUGGGUCAAGUACACGUUGGGGCUCAAGCACCAGGUGUGGAAGCAGAAGGGCGAGGAGUACCGCAUCACGGGCCAGGGGGGCUGGCAGUGGCAGAGCUGCACGCGGGUGGUGCGCCACGUUCCGGCACACACGGUGGGCCUGCGGGCGGGCCCCCACAAGGUGGUCAUCGCCUUGCAGCACGGACAGCAGCAGAGCAAGGCCAAGGCCGAGGAGUCUGCCCCCAAGGCUGUCAAGGAAGGAGGGGAAGGUGAGGGUAAAACGGCGGAGGAGGGGCCAACCGGUGACAGUCCUGCACCCUCCACGGCGGAGACGACGACGAGGGAAGUGAAGAUCACCGGCGAGACCUUGCUCAAGGCGAUGCUGGCAUCCCGGGCGAUGGUCGUCGAGCUGGUCGAUGUCUCUGAGUCGCUCUCUUCACCUGUGCGCACCCUCUACCCGAAGGUGGCCAAACCAACCAAGAUUGAUGGCUUCUUGGAGCGGCGAAUGAAGCUGAAAGAGCUCGAGGACAAGAUGGCCGAGUCGACGAGGGCGAUCAAGACCGAGCCUCACAUAGAUGUCGAGAGCAUCGAGUCACCGGUGAAAGUGGCCAAGCCGCUGGUGCUCAACGGGAUGGUUGCCGCCGAGGAUUCGGGUCUGGACCUUGCGGAGAGGGCGAGGCGUUGCUACUCGCCGCUCUGCCGGCGGGGCACGGUGGCCUCUGCUGCCGUCGGCAACUGCUACUCUCCCGCUUGUCGUGCAUCCAAGCUGUUCGUCAAGGUGGCCACCAUCCACAGCAGCGUCAAGACUCCAACUGUUGCGGCUGCCGACCGCGUGAUUUCCAAUGGUGACAUCAAGUCGGUCGUCAAGCUGGAGGCCAAGCCUUCUGUUGCGAUGCAAAGCCUCCUGAAGCCAGUCGAGCAGAACGAUCCAGCUAACGAGGUGAAGCAGACAGUGGUGGAGCAGACGACCACUACAACCACCGUGUCCCGGACCACCGUCACGACCACCAGCACGACCACCAGUGUGGUGAAGCGCGAGCCCGAGGUUGUGCCUGACGUCCCCGAGCCUUGCAACGACGUCGAGAUGACCACAGUCGCGGCCGAGGAGGUGGUCGAGACGGACGAGUCCGAGCUACCCACAGCUGCGGAGGAGACAGUGCUGACCGAGCCCGCCGUGGCCGAGGAGGUCGUCUGCAGCGCCGUGUCCGCAUCUGCUGAAGAGGAGGUAGCCACCAGUGAAGUUGACCCGCCCGUGUCAAUGGAAGAAGAGGUGUCUGUCUGUGCGGAAGAAGAGGUGUCCAGUUUGGCGGAAGAAAAACCUGCCCGCGUUGAAGACGGGUCCGACCCCGCCGCAAAUGAACUGCCUGUGUCUGUAAAGGAAGAGCUGUCGGUGACAACUGCUGGCGAUGACGCCGAAAUGUUGCCUGCUGUCACAGAAAACAAAGUUUCGCAGCUUGCAGAUGCCGGCGAGAAGGAACUGGCGCCGGUAAGCAACAACAUAGAUAAGAAGGUAUGUGCUUCUUCAUUGUCAUCCUCAGUUCCUUCCAAACCGGUAGUUUCGGCGCCAUUGACACCAGUCAACCAGCAGAAGCAGAUUGUUGUUGUCAAGAGAGAACCAAAGGAGUGUGGCGUGAAAACAGAGUUUUCCACAACAACAACGACGACAGCUGCAGCGGCCGCGAAGGCGAUUGUGUCUGCAACGAUCGUCGCAUCCUCCGCGGGCACUUCGGCAGUGACAAAAGUAGCAGGCGCGGCUGUGGCAGCAGCAACAACGACGUCCAAGAUGUCUACGACGACAGCCGUGGCCGAAGGCAAGUCGACGAGCACGACAGUGACGACGACGAGCAACAAGGUGUACCUGGGUAAAAUCACCAAGGUGACCAAGAAGGUGAAGAAGAACAAGGGCACGCUGCCGCCGUUUUGCCGCUUCCAGACCUUUGUCAGCAAGCAGCGCAGCAUCAUGGUUUUGCCGCAGCACGAACUGCGCAAGAUGUCCCGCAGAGGCUCCCUUCGUGAAGCCACUGGGUUCAGCUACACAGCCAAGAUGAAUCCACAGAGCUGGCCCUAUGGUGUCAGCCCGAGGCCCUGCUUCAGGACCGCCUGGCGGUACCGGAAUCAAAUGCUCAGCACUAUCCACCAGGUGGCGCUGCAGUUGCGCGUAUUGUGGGCGAGCAUGCGCUGGGACGACCUACAGGCCAAGCCCCCACCUGGUGGUACCAACACGAUGACAACCGAGAGUGACGUGCAGACGACCGAGCUGCUCAAGCGCAAGGACGUGGGACCCUUCGGUCUGCGCUCCGAGUACCUCGUGCGGCGCAUCACGGUGCCCAUCGACCUGCCCUCCAAACCGAGAGAGAAAGUGACGCCUCAGCGAACAGGGCUACGAGAGCGGAGAAGACCAGAAUCGCCCCAACACAAGGGACCGACAGUGACCGAAGUGUGGGUGCCCGAGGAGGACCUUGAACUCUGGGAAAUCCGGCAGUUCGGAGAAAAGAUAGAGAAGCAGCAGUUGGCGGUGCGUGAGAAGUUGGCCCAGGUACACGCCCAGCAGAGCGCUGACAAGAUCCGCGCCCAGAUGGAGGCCCAGCUGAAGCAGCAGCGAAUAGCCAUGCAGCAGAAGCGGCUGCAGGAAGGCACGACCGGAGGCACCGCCAAGGUCAGCGUGUCCGGCACCAAGACCAUCACAGUGACCGUGUCCACGCCACAGGCCGCCAGCCAGGCACUCGCCAAGGUGGCCCUGGUCUCUUCUGGAAGUACAAUCAAGGGCACCACACUCACGAGCCUGGUGGCAACGCCUGGCAAUCCCGGCACUGGACGUGCGGUGCGGCGCAUCUUUACGACUCGACCCGUGGGGGCCACCAACAGUGCAGACGGCAUCACCAAGAUCCCCAUCAGCGCCGGCACGCCGACACUGAUGCCUAAGGCGACCGUGGGUGGGCAGCAGCAGAUCGUCCUGCGGGGCUCCGUCGCGGGCCAGACGCGGCCAGCCGUGAUAGCUGUGAGGGGAGUGGUGCCUUUGACUGCCGGUGGCACCAACGCGGUGAUCCGUCCCGCCGUGGGAAAUCCGACCGGCACGGCCGCCCCCGUCCGAGCUCAGAUUCAAAUCAUCCAGGGUCCCAAUGGUCAGCUCCAAGUCCGGGGGCUCAUGCCAGGCCAGCAGCUCAUCCGUUUGCCCGACGGCCGUCUUCAGCUGCUCACGUUACCCGUGCAAGCGGCACCGGCAGUCGCCACGACUACGGCCAGCACGACCAACACAUCACAGCCGCAGACCAUCCAGAUCACCACACUUCGGCCAACCGUCUCCAUUGCCCCGGCCACGGGCGUGGCUGCAGCAGCGGCUACGGCUGCAGCAACGGCCGUGGCGGCUCCAACAGCCACCGUGGUUGCCGCACCAGCAGCAGCACCUCAGGCAGCAGUCUCCGUAACGCCGGCCGGCACAGUACAAAUCGUCUCCCAGCCGUCACAGCAAAUUAAGAUGCAGCCCACGGUAGUGCUGUCGACAGCGCUGCCCGUCAGUUCGGCUGCGGCGGCUGCUGGCACUGUGGUGACCACCAGCCAGGCAGCACUGGCCCCAAAGCUCAUUCAGAUUCGGCCGCAGCUGACCACCACCGUACAGCAGCAGAUCUUGGGCACGCAAGUCAAAGUUUUGCCGACAAUGAGGCCCCUGGUGCAAGCGGCAGCAGGCACCGUAACACCGGCCACCACCGGCGUACGGUUGCAGGCAGCGACCGUGAGCAUACCGGGGUUGGCCACCGUAGUGGCCAGCCCGGCCGCUGCAGCGGGUGCCGCUGCAGCCACCCCGGUGGUGGCCACAAAGACGUUACUGACACCAGUGGCGACUACACCGGUCAAAGCUGUGGCCUCAGCUGCUGCCGCUGCCACCACUGCUGCCACCACUGCUGCCCCUGUCGCCGCUGCGACUGCUGCAAGCAAGACAGAGACGCCCACAACUGCCGCCGCCACGCCGACCACUCCGGUCAAGCAGGUGGCGGAGACCACUAGCACGCCGGUCAAGAGCGAAGCGCCCGCCUCUUCGCCCGUCGCCUCGCCACCCAACUCGCCGCAGCAGUUUGUGCUCACCCCAGCCAUAACGCAGCAGAUUGUACGGCAAGCCCUCAUGAACCCCCAGACGUCGCCAGAGAUCCAACAGAAGCUGCUGGCCCUGCAGCGACAUCACCAGCAGAUGCAGCGUACACCCACCGCCGUCACGGUGUCUGCGGGCACGGGCCGCAGCUCUUCUUCGUCCUCUUCGUCGUCAUCUUCAUCCUCGUCCUCCUCCUCGUCUUCGUCAUCUUCGGGUGGUGGCCCCGCCGUCUCGCCCCCGGUGUCCAAAUCCAAGUCGACCGAACCCAAGGACGAAGGUCAAAGAGCUGCGGUGUGCCAGCAAGUGCUCAAGGGCAUCGUGGACAAGAUUGAGCGUGACGAGAAGACAACGGGCCGGCGGCAGCGGGCCAAGGCCAGCGCCGAGGAGAGGAAGGCGCGGGCGUCGCAGACCAAGCUGCACGAGGUGCUCGUGCGACAGACAGAGUUUUUGCGGCGGGAGAUCAUGCGCAAGCGGGCGCUGAUGGAGAAGGAGCUUCAGAUCCAGAUUCAGACAGAACUCCAGGCCGACAUAAAGCGGAGAGCGGCGGCAGCGGCGGCAGUGGCCACCCCGGCGACGCUGGUCACGCCGCGAAUACCGCCUCAGGAGAAGGUUGCACAGGUGAUGCGCACCCUGGAGAGCAGCAAGCAGCAGGCCGCAGCCGCCGCUGCAGCAGCGGCCGCUGCAUCACGCAAACGUGCGCAGUCGCAGACUAGCGACAGCGAUGUCUCGCCGCCGGUGCCGGCCAAGCGGCCAAAGAAGCAGGCAAAAGUGCCGACUGCACAGCGGCCACCGCCAGCGCCGUCACACCACCGUGUCAGCAGUGGCAACUCGGCGACGCCUGCCAGCCACGCUAAACAGCGUGGUAGUGGUGGCGGUGGAACUGUGGGCCAGCACAAGCUGUACUGCAUCUGCAAGAAGCCAUACGAUCCUUCCAAGUUCAUGAUUGGGUGCGACCUGUGUUCCAACUGGUUCCACGUCAAGUGCAUAGGCCUGACCGAGAUUCAGGCCAAGGCCAUGGACAAGUACGUCUGCAACGAGUGCCGGAAGGACCACAAGAGUUCUACGCAGGAGCUGUACUGCCUCUGCAGGCAACCCUACGACGAGUCCCAGUUCUACAUCUGCUGCGACCAGUGCCAGGACUGGUUCCAUGGCCGGUGCGUCGGGGUGCUCCAGAGCGAGGCGGACUCCAUCGAGGAGUACAUCUGCCCCACGUGCCAACGCAACAGCAACAUAAACCAGGCCAAUCUGAAGCCCCUGCAGCCAAAGGACUUCGACAACCUUCGCAAGCUGCUCAAGAGCCUUCAGACGCACAAAAUGGCGUGGCCUUUCUUAGAACCUGUUGACGCAAAGGAGGCACCCGACUACUACACAAUCAUAAAAGAACCCAUGGACCUACAGACCAUCGAGCGGCGGUUGCAGUCUCGCCACUACCAGAAGCUGAGCGAGUUCAUUGGCGACAUGACCAAGAUCUUCGACAACUGCCGCUACUACAACCCACGAAACUCGCCCUUCUACCAGUGCGCCGAAGUGCUUGAGGCGUUCUUCGUCCACAAAAUCAAGGUGUUCCGUGAAAGCAUCGCGUCGUGGUGACCCGACGGCGGAGGAGCUCGCCGAGGAGUCCCGCCAAUCAAAGAAGAGCGUGCACGCGGCACGACAACGCGCACCGAGCCGCGUACCACAACGCAGUCGUGAAACACGAACUGUAACCGUCGUGCAUCGACGUUAUUCGUCAAGAUGCGGACAUUCGAAACCUAGGGCUCUGAACUCCACGGUGCUGUGCGCGUGCGGAGCCGCUCAACCCCAAUACGUCGGGUUACGGACUCCACAUCGUCGUCGUGUUCACUGUGUCACAGCACCUCGAUCCCGCAUCACCUCGCAGGAGUUUCCGAGUCUUCGCACAGCCUUUUUUUUUUUUUUUUUUUCAGCCGACGGAAAGAAAGAAAAAAAAAUUGUACAUAGUGUAGAAGGAGAUUUUCUCGUCAUUGCCAUAGCAGCAUCAUUAUUACGACGCGCGCCGCCGACACCAUUAUUUUUUUCUUUUUGUGCUGUACACCCCCAUGCAUAUUUCGUGGAGCAAUGCAUCGAGAGCACGUUUGAUUAUUAUUGCAGUUGCAUCUCUCUCCUGCUUGCUUUUCUCGUGCAUUGAAAAUGCAAGACUGUUUGACAGCGUUCUUUUUUUGGAAAGUUUUGUCCUGCAGCGUAUCCCUGGCCUGAUGCCAUUUGCGAAAUUUUGUUUUUAAAAGUAUGAAUAAGGGGGUGACAGCUGUCUAAAUGGUGUACCAAUAUGUACAGGAUUGUGGUGGGAAGGGGGGAUGCUUUUUUUUUUGUAUAAACAGCACGGUGUGAUGUCUUUACACCACUGCUGCUGGCUUUAUUUACUGAAGACUUGACAGUGUAUUGUUGACUUCUUUUUCUGCGUCUGUGCAUGCACAUGAAUGUAGUUAGUUGCAAUUUGACUAUGCAUUUUUGAACUGCCGGAAUUUGCUCUAAAGCUUGCGUUGAAGGAGACUGGAAAAUCGCCUGUUAUCCUGGACUCGCCUCGCAGAGCUUUUGUUUUUAACUCUUUGAAGCAUUGUAUAUUGUGGUUGCGUAGUAAAUAUUUAUUUUGUUGAAAAGAACAAGUCUGUAUGUGCAAAAGGUGUCACGGGCAGUGAUGAAGAAGAAGGCUAGAAAAGCAAGGCCAAAACAACCUUGGGCUUUAUUUCUUCAAAAAAUUGAGAAACAGAGGUUGCGACCCUUCAAAUUGUUAUAAUGGUCUUUGGCGGAAUGGCAGAAUCCUCUGUUCUUGCCUUCGGGCGAUGUCGUUUCAAAAGACGUUUGUCCAGUACAAAUACUGCACUGUAGCUUGUGUUUACCUGUUUGCAUGGCGCUCACUUGAAUUUUUUUUUUUCUGCUAUUGCUUGUGCCAUCCACCUAAAUGUAUGAAAUACGUGAAUGAAAAACAAAAACAGCCCCAAAACUUCAUUUCGUUGAUUGCUUUGCUGCUUCAAAAACAAGACGUUCAAGCUUCUUUGGAAACCAUUCGCAUCACCAGAAUACUUAGAAACUGCCAUUUCACUGUUCAAAAUUUCCACAUUUGAUUUUUUUUUUUCUGACAAAUUCCGACUUGAGCAAUUACAGUGACGUCUUGCACCGUGUUUCCGAUUUCUUCCUUAUCUGCCGCUGCGCGAAAUUUUAAUAACGCAGAUGAAAUUUACGAGGCUGGUGAAGAAAAGUUCUUUUACAAAAAAUAAAACACAAUUAGUCUGCCCGCUGUUGCUAGUGAUUAUGGUAAUAAGUUAGAGACGUGGAAAGCCAGCGUUUGCCCGAACGUGACGACAUGUCUAAAAUUUGCAUAGUGCAUUUUUUGCCUCCGCUGCACCUGUUGUCUUCUAAGGCAGUCGACAUUGUAUUUAAGACUAUGAAAGUGUAUGCCUACAUUGGGAUAAAGCCAAGUCCAAUUUUCACACAGCCAGCUGCAUAAUUACAUGGUAGCUAUCUUUAUUAUUUCCUGUUCGCGUUUAUGCUGACGCUGCCGAAGCGCCUAUGCAAGUUAACAGCAAACCUGCUACCAUUUCCAAAGCAGCGAAUGGAAUAAAUGGAUGUGGGCUUGUCUGCCAAGAACGUGGACGAACUAAAAGAAGGUCCGUGCCCGGAACCUUCAGUGGGUUUUUGUUUUUCUCGCGGUAAUGCACCCGUGCGCCCUGUACAUAACCAUUACCAUUGUCCCUCACCAUCUCUGCUUGCCUGUCCGCCGACAUUUGCACCCAGUGCGCUGUGUGACCCGCUGUCACCGGCUUUUGUUUAUAGACCUGGUCUUCGGAAGCGGCGACAAAGACAACUCGUCGCCACUCUUCGAGAAGCGACAUUGACGCUGCCUUUUUUUUUUUUUUUCGGUUGGACCGGCCGUCUUUUAACCAUUUCCGCAUUUGCAUUGUGGGGUUGUGCGAGGAGGGGAGGGGUACGAGGGAGAUCCAUACGUGAUGCGUCACACAUGAAAAGUGUACUACGAAUGUGCGAAAAUGGUUAAAAAAAUAAACAUGACAAAAUGGCGACUCUGCUACAUUGCAAGAUGUGUAACAUUGUGUAAAACAUGUUAUUUGUAUGAAAAA